GUGAUGAAAUGUUUCUAAACUGAUGGGAGUGGUCUCUUCCAUGGUGACUCCGCCCUCGUCCACAGGUCAUGAGUUCUUACUGAAGUAUUUGAUGAGGAUGAAAAUAUUGUAAAUCGUAUGUUAUGGCCUUCAGUCAUCAGAUCUCAAUGCAACUGAACACCCAUGGGAGAUUUUGGGGGCGGUGUGUUAGACUGUACUGUCCUCCACCAUCCUCAAAACUGGGAAUAUCUUCUGGAAGAGCGGGGGCUGUCUGAUGCAGCAGGUAAUGCCAACGUGGUCUUCCUCAAGGUAGAUGUGGAUGACGCACAGGAUGUGGCUCAGUCCUGUGAGAUCAGAUGCAUGCCAACAUUCUACUUUUACAAGCAUGGAAAGAAGAUCGACGAGUUCUCUGGGUCCAACCAGACGAAACUGGAGGAGCUGGUGAACACUCACAAAUGAACACUGAGAAAUGUGUGAAGCAUGAAUAUAAAUACAAGCUUGACCCCGAACAUGCCUGCUGUCAGUCCCAUAGACUUUUCUAACAAGCACUCAUUUUGUUGCUUAAUGAACUUUUGAUGCCCUGACAGAUGAACUGUAGAAAUACUAUGUUUAAACAACUACGCCUUACUCGGUUCAUUGUAUUUCCAUAAUUAUUUCAGGUUUCUUUUUUUAAACCAUGUAACUCCAUGAUUUAUGACCAGAAAACUAACCAUUGAAAUCUGGUGUAAUAAACAGAUCUAUAGAA